AUGGAGGCGAACGCGACGAUGGUUGCGCACCUGCGCGAAGUCCUUGACGGCAUGGGCAAGACCUCGCAGCAUCCGACGCUGUCCUCGCAGGCGAUGGUGUCCUGCACGAAGAACGAGCGCAACUGCGGCGGCUCGGGCGGCUGCGACGGCGCAACAGUGGAGUUGGCAUACGAGAUGAUCAAGGAGCGUGGAGGCAUACCGAUGGCCAUCGAGUGGCCGUACGAGUCAGGCUUCGGGUCCACUCCGGAGUGCAAGGAUCACGUCUUCCAGAAGGCCGCCAUCGGCAUCACCGGCUACGAGGUGCUGCCCGCCAACAAGCUGCAUCCUCUCAUGCAGGCGCUCUACGAGUCCGGGGGCGCCAUCGCCGUGUCCGUGGACGCCACUCACUGGAGCAUGUACGACGGGGGCAUACUCAGCGACUCGGAGCACGGAGGCGACUUCACCGUGAACCAUGCGGUUACUCUGGUGGCCUACAAGACUCCGAAGAACAAAGCGAUGGGGUACUGGCUGAUUAAGAAUUCGUGGGGCAAUACCUGGGGCGAGGACGGCUUCAUCCGCUUGGAGAUGAAGGAGAACGAGGGAGAGCACUGCGGCAUGGACAAGGAGACCCACAAAGGCCUCGCCUGCGACGGCGACCCCGACGAGGCCUGGGUGUGCGGCACCUGCGGCGUGCUGUACGACUCGGUCUACCCGACCGGCUUGCACCUGGUGGACCCCUCCUCCGGCAAGAAGUUGUAA